UCUCAUUCACACCACAGCAACUAAAAACCAUCGCACUUGUUCAACGAUUUCUUCAAGCUUGACAGACCACGCUCAAUGACGCAGUUAGACAAGGCCGGGAUGCCUUCCGAGCACAAUCUCUCCGAGCGACGCACGGCGUGGGCAUUCAUCCGUGCGCUGCUAUGGAAAAACUGGCUGCUCAAGAUACGCCACCCGAUCGCUUCAGCGAGCGAAGUGAUGGUGCCAGCCAUCUUCAUCCUGCUGCUAGGCGUUAUGAAGGGACUCACGACAACCGUGAACGUACCGGCCGGAUGGAGCGACACGGAUGCAUCUGCAAACGACGACUCCAUCGGAACCAGUUACAACCUGUUCCAGGGAUUCCAAUGGUGUCGCCCGAUAAUGGUGGACGCUGAACUACCCAAGUUCGCGCUGCAUGAAACGUCAAUGGCUGGGUUAAUCCUUAGCCUCGGAUUGCAAUCAAUUAAUGAUGCCAUUCGUCUGGAGGAACUAUCGGGAGAGGCCCAAACCACGUGCUCAACGGGUGUGAUCGCGAAUGGGCUGGUUGAAUCCAACACUUCUUCGGAGUACCGCGUGCCGGAAGCAUGCGCUGAGAAGGUUUCUCCGUACAAGAUUGCCAUCGCCCUUGAUAACACCUUCACGCGCAAGUAUUUUGUCGAGACGAUGGACAUGUGGUACCCGCGUAUGAAUCUGAUGAAUUCGUCAAGUGAGAUGCUAACGGUGCCGUCGUUCAAGGAGAGUAUCGAAUUCUUUGACACGAACGACGCGCUUACUACGUAUGUUAAAAGUGACGACUACGGUAAAGGCGUCGACAACCCGCGCAUUUACGCGGCCAUCGUGUUUAAUGCGAUCCCAGCUACCGACAAGAUCGGGUCUUUUGAAUCUAUCGAGUACACGCUGCGUCUGAACUCGACAGCGGGCGAUUCUACCGGUCGGGUGCCGUCUACGAGCAGUUCGACUCUAGAUGUAGAUAUUUUCCAGACUGACAUCGACGUCGACUACUACUCGCGGUACACAGUGACAGGAUUCAUGACGUUGGAGACGCUUGUGACGCGCUUCGUGUCAUGCAUGCCGAGGUGGUUUUCAGCCAACGAAUCGACCACUGGUGUUUGCCAGCGGCCGCAAACGACUGCACCAGCUUCAACAGAGCUGGACACCACGUUGCUGAAUGUCCUGAACGACGACGGGCUGAUCAAAGAAGUUCUUAAAUCGGUCUUCACCUCUGGCAAUGUAUCCUUCUCGAGUGCCUUGUCAAGCAUGUCGAACGCUACGAGAGAACAGCUGCUCACGCCAUUACGUCAAGCCCCGCAGUCGUACUUGGGCUCCACGGUGGCCCCGUUCCCCGUCGACAGCUUCGCGAGUUCGUCAUUCUACGACAGCGUGUCUGAUGUGUUCUCCGUGAUCUUCGUGCUGGCGUAUCUGUUCACGAUCUCGCGGAUUCUAGUCGUGUUUAUCCAGGAGAAGGAACUUCGGCUGCGUGAGUUCAUGAAGAUUCUCGGAGUGACGGAGAAGACGAUCACUAUCACCUGCACGUGGGAGAUUCUAUUGAACAACCGCAACGACCGAGUGAUGGUAUUGACAACGCAUUUUAUGGAUGAAGCCGACAUUCUGGGUGAUCGGAUUGCUAUCAUGGCCGAAGGUGAGCUACGUUGCUGCGGUUCAUCGCUGUUCCUAAAGAACCGCUUCGGCGCGGGUUACAACCUGACUCUGGUGAAAGACGACGCCAAGUGCAACGACGACGCGGUGACGGCUUUCGUGACCUCUUUCGUGCCGGACGCGCAAUUACUGAGUAAUGUCGGCAGCGAGAUCGCAUUCCAACUGCCUCUGCACAGCUCGUCGAAGUUUGCCUCCGUGUUCGCUGAGAUGGACCGUCAGUUGGGUACGCUAGGUCUCCUGUCCUAUGGUGUAUCGGUAACUACGCUUGAGGAAGUCUUUAUCAAAGUGGCAGAGUUGGGUGAUGGAAACAACCAGCACACUCUAGGAAACUUUACUCAGGGCGGUGACUCCAAGACAACCGAUUCGUACCAGCUGUGCGACGAGAUUAUCACGACGGAGUCGUUGUUCCAUCGACAUUUGCGUGCACUGCUUCUCAAACGAUUGCGCUACGCCAAGCGCGACAAGAAGACCAUCAUUUACACAGCUCUCUUACCCGUCCUACUCAUCGCGUUCGGCUUGGGUAUCCUCAAGAGCAGUGGCCUCUCGAAGGAUGACCCGAUCAAGGCUUUGAUGACGGAUGCCUACGCUGGAAGUUCUACCCCAACUCCCUACUUCUGUCAGGCUGGAGCUGGAGUGGAAGGAUGGUGCAGUACAAUGAUGUCGCCGUCAUAUCUCUCCGGUCUUGACGCACAGCAACUGACGAUUUCGGAGCCCGCUUUCGACUCGAUCUCGCCCACGGUAUUCGACGUAUCGUACACGGAUCCGAACAUAAACGGUAGCGGCACAACCGGUUACAGUGUGGCCAUGGGCCAGCAGCUUUACAAUCGAGGAUACGGGAAGAACGGCAUCAACCUCGUGAAAGGACAAUACGGUGCCUACUUGGUGUACGGUGACAGCGCGCAGAACUUAUUCGGCUACAACCUCUUCGUAAACACGUCGGCACCUCAUUCAUCUGCUGUUUUCAAGGCUGUGAUGGACCAAGCAGCUUAUCGGUUCUUCGCUAGUGACUCGGGAGCGUCGGAUUCGUCCGUGAAUUUGAAAGUGAGCAGCCACCCGUUGCCAGUCACGGCUGUCACGAAGGCGUUCUUCGGCUCGGCUUUAGCGUUCGUGGCCUGCAUGUUCACGUGCAUCGCAUUCACGUUCUUGCCGGCAUCGAUUGUGGUGUUCUUGGUCAAGGAGAAGCAGUCGGAGCACAACUCGAAGCAUCAGCAGCUCGUGUCGGGUGUCUCCCUCCCUGCUUUCUGGGCAUCGAACUACAUCUGGGACCUCGCCAUGUACUUGUUCCCGUGUGUACUGGCGCUGGUAUUGAUCUACGGUUUCAACGUGUCGGCGCUGACGGGCAACGACUGUGAUAGCUGUACGUCGGCGACCUUCCCGUCGGUGAUUCUGCUCUUCAUCCUUUUCGGGUUCGCGAUUUGUCCGUUCACGUACUGCUUGUCUUUCGUCUUCAAGGAGCACGCGGCGGCGCAGACGUACACGAUCGCCAUCAACUUUGUCAUCGGCGUGGUGCUGAUGAUUAUCUCGUUCGUCUUGGACGUCAUCGAAGGCACGGCGUCGGAUAUUAAUUCGGUGCUUAUCUUCAUCUGGCGUCUAUCUCCGCUAUUCAACCUCGGUAAUGGACUGCUGCAGAUGGUCAUGCACGACACGGCCAGUAUUCGCUUCAGCAAGGACGAAAAGACCAGUCCGUUCAGCACGGAUAUCAUGGGCUUCGAGCUGAUCUUCCUGCUGCUCACGGCUAUUGCCUACAUGAUCAUCGCAGUGAGACUUGACUACGUCAAGACCUUUGCAAAGGUGACAGACGUCAAUACAGACGAGAGUUUCAGUGGCGACCAUGAAAUUGAUGAAGAUGUCGAGAAGGAAGCUGUUCGUGUAGCAAGCGGUGGUGCCGAUGGUGAUGCGGUCAAGCUCGCUGGUCUACGCAAAGUCUAUCCUGGUGGCAAGGUGGCAGUACGCGAUCUCUCCUUUGGGUUGAAGCGUGGUGAGUGCUUCGGCUUCUUGGGUAUCAACGGUGCCGGCAAGACGACGACGAUGAAGAUGUUAACGGGAGACGUCGCGCCCAGCCGCGGUACGGCUACACUUGGCGGCUAUGACAUCUUGACGCAGCAACUGGAAGUGAGACGCCAGAUUGGGUACUGUCCGCAGUUUGACGCCCUCUUCGAUUUACUCACGGUGCGUGAACAUCUAGAACUAUUUGGUGCUAUCAAGGGCAUUCCGCAGGCGUCGAUAGACCGUGUCGUUAAGGAGAAGAUCCAGCAGUUGAAUCUCGGCGACUUCGAGCACAAGUUGGCUGGAAGUCUCAGUGGCGGCAACAAGCGCAAACUGUCGGUGGCUAUCGCGAUGAUCGGUAACCCAGCCAUUAUUUUCCUCGAUGAACCGUCCACCGGUAUGGACCCCGUGUCUCGUCGAUUCAUGUGGGACGUCAUCGCUGAUAUCUCAACCCGUGGCAAGGAGUCAACGAUCGUUCUGACGACACACAGCAUGGAAGAGUCUGAAGCUCUGUGCUCUCGUGUUGGCAUCAUGGUCGGUGGUCGACUUCGCUGCUUGGGCAGCGUCCAGCACCUGAAAACUCGCUUCGGCGACGGUGUCGUGUUCGACGUCAAGCUUGAUGCACCCACGGUGGACGAGCUCGAGUACCUGGUACAGCACAUUUUCGGACAGCAAGACCAGCGUGUGAGCCCCGAGCAACUGGACGGGAAGUGCCGCGCUUUCGGAUAUCCAGAAUUAGCUGAUCGUGUGACUGCGUCGCACCCGACCGGCUACAGCCUCGCGGCCGCUAUGAAACGCGACGGCUUCAUCCGGGCUGUGGCCUUCUGUUCGUGGUGUGUUGAAGAGACCCGAUUCGACGCACUGAACGAGUAUCUUACGACUGCGUUCGGACCGAACGGGGUGCUGGUCAUGGAGCGUCAGAACGAUUUCUGUCGCUUCAAGGUGCGCGGAUCGAACGGCCAAGUCAAGUUGUCUAAAAUGUUCGCGCUGGUUGAAGGCGUCAAGACGAAGAUGCAUAUCCGUGAGUACAGCGUUUCGCAGACGACGCUGGAGCAGAUCUUCAACUCGUUCGCCAGUCAGCAAGAAGAGGAACAAGGUGUAGCUCGAGGAAUGUACCAGCGCGAAUAACUACAGAGGACCAAAAACUAUAUAGCUCAUCAUUGCAAAAACUUC